CGGAGGAGGAUGGAAAGGGAGAAGAUGGUGCAGACAACAUGAAGGAGAAGGAGAAGAUAAAGGAGGAGAGGAGGAGGAGGAGCAGGGAUUGGAGAAGGGGGAGGAGCAGGAGAUGGAGAAGGGGAGGCGCAGGAGAUGGAGAAGGGGGAGGAGCAGGAGAUGGAGAAGGGGGAGGAGCAGGAGAUGGAGAAGGAGGAGGAGCAGGAGAUGGAGAAGGAGAUGGAGGAGAAGAUGGAGGAGAAGAUGGAGGAGGAGAAGGAGGAGGAGAAGGAGGAGGAGAAGGAGGAGGAGCAGGAAAUGGAGAAGGAGGAGGAGCAGGAGAAGAUGGAGGAGGAGGAGGAGCAGGAGAAGAUGGAGGAGGAGGAGGAGAAGAAGGAGAAUGAGGUGCAGAUGGAGAAGGAGGACGGAAUAGGAGAAGAUAAAGGAGGAGAGGAAGAGGAGGACAGGAAGGACAAGAUGGAGGAAGAGGAUAAAAAGAUUAAGGAGGAGGAGAAGGUGGAGGGGUGGAGACGACCAUGGAAGAGAACAUGAAGAAGGAGAAGGAUGAGGAAAAGCAAGAGAAAAUGGAGAAGUAAAAGAAAAUAGAGGAGGAGAUGGAGAAUGAGGAGGCAGAGGAGAUAAAAGAAUAGAUGGAGGAGGAUGAUUAGAAAAUUAAGGAGGAGAAGGUGGAGGGGAGGAGAAGGAGACCAUGGAAGAGAACAUGAAGGAGGAGAAGGAUGAGGAAGAGCAGGAGACAAUGGAGGAGUAAAAGAACACAGAGGAGGAAUUGGAGGAUGAGGGGACAGAGAAGAUGAAAGAGGGAGAGGAGGAAAUGGAGGAGGAGGAGAAGAUGGAGGGGAGGAGGUGGAGGAGAAGGGCAAGACUGAGAAGGAGGAGAUGAAGAUGAUGAAGAUGAAGAAAAUGAAGCUGUAGAAUAGAAGGAAAAGAUGAAAGGGAAGGAGAAGGAAGAGAUGAAGCAGAGGAAGAGCAGCAGGAGGAGAUGGAGAACGAGGAGAAGAUGGAGAGGAGGUGGAGGAGCAGAUGAAGGAAGAGAAGAUGGAGAAGGAGGGGAGGCGGAGAAGAUGGAGGAGAUGAAGGAGGAGGAAUAGAUAAUUAACAGACAAUAGCUGCAGAAGUAGACCAAUCGGCCCCUCAAGCCAUGGAGAUCAUGGCUGAUCAACUACUAUCUAUACCCGGUUCCUGCCUUGUCCCCAUAUCUCUUGAUUCCCCUAUCCAUAAGAUAUCUAUCUAGCUCCUUCUUGAAAGCAUCCAGAGAAUUGGCCUCCACUACCUUCCGAGGCAGUGCAUUCCAGACCCCCACAACUCUCUGGGAGAAGAAGUUCUUCCUUAACUCUGUCAUAAAUGACCUACCCCUUAUUCUCAAACCAUGCCCUCUGGUACUGGACUCUCCCAGCAUCUGGAACAUAUUUCCUGGAACAUAUCUUGUCCAAUCCCUUAUUUAAACGUUUCAAUCAAAUCCCCUCUCAAUCUCCUUAAUUCCAGCAUGUACAAGCCCAGUCUCUCUAACCUCUCUGCGUAAGACAGUCCAGACAUCCCAGGAGGAGGAGGAGAAGAUGAAGGAAGAAGAGAUAAAAGAAUAGAUGGAGGGGGAGGAGAAGCUGGAGGGGAGGAUGGAAGAGAACAUGAAGAAAGAUGAGGAAGAGCAGGAGAAAAUGGAGGGGAAAAAGACAGAGAAGUUGAAGGAGGUUGAGGAGGAAAGGUAGGAGGAGAAGAUGGAGGAAGAGAAGAAGAUAGAGGAAGAGAGGAAGGAGGAGAAAGAAAAAGGAGAAGAUGGAGGGGAGGAGGUGGAGAAGGGUAAGACUGAGAAAGAGGAGAUGAAGAUGAAGUCAAUGAAGACAAAGAUGAAGAGAAGGAAAAUGAACAUGAUGAAGAUUAAGAAAAUGAAGCUGUAGAAUAAGAGGAUUAUAAGAAGAUGAAAGAGAAGGAGAAGAAAGAGGAGCAGGAGGAGGGGGAACGUGGAGAAAAUGGAGAGGAGGUGGAGGAGAUGAAGGAUGAGGAUGAGAAGAUGAAAGAGGAGAGAUGGAGAAGGUGGAAAUAGAGAAGAUCGAGGAGAAGAUAGAUGAAGGAGGAGGAGGAGGAGAAGAUGGAGGAGGAAGAUAAGGUGGAGGAGGAGAUGAUGGAGGAAGAGAAGAUGGAGGUGGACGAUGAGGAGCUGGAGGAGCAGAUGAAGGAAGAGAAGAUGGAGAAGGAGGGGAGGUGGAGAAGAUGGAGGAGAUGAAGGAGGAGGAAUAGAUAAUUAACUGACAAUAGCUGCAGAAGUAGACCAAUCGGCCCCUCAAGCCAUGGAGAUCAUGGCUGAUCAACUACUAUCUAUACCCGGUUCCUGCCUUGUCCCCAUAUCUCUUGAUUCCCCUAUCCAUAAGAUAUCUAUCUAGCUCCUUCUUGAAAGCAUCCAGAGAAUUGGCCUCCACUACCUUCCGAGGCAGUGCAUUCCAGACCCCCACAACUCUCUGGGAGAAGAAGUUCUUCCUUAACUCUGUCAUAAAUGACCUACCCCUUAUUCUCAAACCAUGCCCUCUGGUACUGGACUCUCCCAGCAUCUGGAACAUAUUUCCUGGAACAUAUCUUGUCCAAUCCCUUAUUUAAACGUUUCAAUCAAAUCCCCUCUCAAUCUCCUUAAUUCCAGCAUGUACAAGCCCAGUCUCUCUAACCUCUCAGCGUAAGACAUCCCAGGAGGAGGAGAAGAUGAAGGAAGAAGAGAUAAAAGAAUAGAUGGAGGGGGAGGAGAAGCUGGAGGGGAGGAUGGAAGAGAACAUGAAGAAAGAUGAGGAAGAGCAGGAGAAAAUGGAGGGGAAAAAGAUAGAGAAGUUGAAGGAGGUUGAGGAGGAAAGGUAGGAGGAGAAGAUGGAGGAAGAGAAGAAGAUAGAGGAAGAGAGGAAGGAGGAGAAAGAAAAAGGAGAAGAUGGAGGGGAGGAGGUGGAGAAGGGUAAGACUGAGAAAGAGGAGAUGAAGAUGAAGUCAAUGAAGACAAAGAUGAAGAGAAGGAAAAUGAACAUGAUGAAGAUUAAGAAAAUGAAGCUGUAGAAUAAGAGGAUUAUAAGAAGAUGAAAGAGAAGGAGAAGAAAGAGGAGCAGGAGGAGGGGGAACGUGGAGAAAAUGGAGAGGAGGUGGAGGAGAUGAAGGAUGAGGAUGAGAAGAUGAAAGAGGAGAGAUGGAGAAGGUGGAAAUAGAGAAGAUCGAGGAGAAGAUAGAUGAAGGAGGAGGAGGAGGAGAAGAUGGAGGAGGAAGAGGAGAAGGCUGAGUAGGAGUUGAUGGAGGAAGAGAAGAUGGAGGCAGAGAUGAAGAUGAAGACAAGGAACAAAAAUGAAGAUCAAGAAAAUGAAAAUGAAGACAACAAAG